AUGGUGCAAUGGACUGAAGUACCCUCGGCGGACCACUAUUACCUGAUGGUGCGCUCUCAUGACACCGGGGUGAUGUUCAACAAAACCUAUACCAACACGUCCGCAGUGAUGACAAACCUGCAGCCCUCUACCAACUACGACUGCUAUGUGUUCACAAUUAACCAAGCCGGCCGCGGAUCUCCAAGUAAAGUGAGGACCAUCACGACCUUGGUGCAGCCUCCAGCGUUCGUCACCGCAACAGACAUUGGCCAGGGUAUAGCGAGGGUGACGUGGGCGCCGGUAACGGACGUGCUGAUGUACCUGGUCGUCGUCAGGAAUGUUGAUGAACCCACCAGCCUGCCAUUUGUGAAAAAUGUCUCAAGCACAAUGCUGGAUGUUAAUGGCAUCUUACCAUGUACCACCUAUCUUAUAUCCGUGAGCUCAUACAGCAUUUUCUUGAGGCCCAGCGAGCCCAGAGACUUCACAUUCACCACCAACAAGCUGAAACCAAUUCCAUCAGUUUCUGUGGACUACGUCUGCACCAGUGACAGUGCCAUGGUGCAGUGGAUACCUGUGUCUGGGGCCGAGUCGUACCUUGCCACAGCAACAGCCGACGAUGGCACGCAAAUGUCAUGCACCAGCCAGGCCAUCAGCUGUGUGAUCACCGGACUGGGCUGUGAAAGGACCUACAUCGUGAAUGUAACACCUAUAUCAGGGAGCUGCAAGAACAUGAUAAACACCACCUGGGCCACUUUCCACACUGCACCCUGUAUUCCCCAGAAUCUGCAAACCUCAGCUGACUGCAGCUCAGAUAUACUCCACAACACAUGGGACAACGCUGCAGGGGCUCUUCGCUACGUUGUGGAGGCCUAUGGCAACAGGGGAAACAACAGCUACUACAAUUGCACCACAACAUCCAACAGCUGUGCUAUAGCUGGUCUUCACUGUGGAGAGUACUUGAGUAUUUACAUCACAGCUUUUGACGACGAAUGUGCCAGCCCGAGGUCACUGGGGCCUGUUGCUGAGACAGUCCCAUGCGUUCCUCACAAUGUAUCGGCAGUGAAGCAUUGUGGCAAUAACUCCAUCACAAUGACUUGGGGCAGCAGCAGUGCAUUAUUCUACGUCGUCAUGGCGGAGGACAGUAAUGGCGUCAUUCACAUCUGCAACUCCAUGACUUUGACCUGUACGAUCAAGGACUUAAUGUGUGGAACCAACUACACAGUGUACGCCAUUGCCUCCAACUUCCAAUGCAACAGCACUGAGAGUGAGAUGUUGACCGUAGCGACAGUUGCUUGCCCACCGGAUGAAGUCACCACCUCUCUUGACUGUGCAGCCAGUGAGGCUCUGAUUUCAUGGCGCGAUGAGGCCAAUGUCAACUCCUACACCGCCACCAUCAAGGAUGAAGAUGGAGGACUUCUCAGCUGCAGCUCCACUACUCCCAGCUGCAGGGUACCCAACCUGAAGUGUGGACAGCUCUACACUGCCACUGUCAACCUCCAUGAUGGCAUUUGUCAAAACAUAAUUUCUCAGCCCAUCUUAAUGGAGUCUGUACCUUGUGGGCCUCAAGUGACCCGCAGCACAGGCUGUCAUUCACUGACCCUUGACUGGCCCCCGACAAUGAACGCAGAAGGCUACAUAACUGCAAUCUCAAACGGCGACAUGCAAAUGAACUACACCACCUCAGGGCCUGCGUUCAGCAUCAGCACACUGGACUGUGGAUAUAAUUACACAGUGAAAGUGAUGUCCUUCAACGGCACCUGUACCAGUGAAGCCACAGUACUACAUGACAAGCAGACACCAUGUGUGCCCACUAACGUGACCGUGACGAAAAACUGUAGCCAGGAUUUUGUGGAAGUGACUUGGCAAGCAAGCCGUGGCGCCCUAUCCUACAGAGUAACUGCAAUGGACAGUGAUGACCAGCAAGUGUGCUUUUCUGACGAGCCGUCAUGCAGGUUGGAAGGCCUUGCAUGUAGCCAAGUUUACAAUGUCAGAGUGACUGCCGUGGAUAACACCUGCUCUAGCAAUGAGAGCUCUCCGGUGAUACUACGGACAGUGCCCUGCCCUCCCUCUCAGGUUAACGUCAUAAUGCACUGUGCCUCCAACUCUGCCACGUUAACGUGGAACAGCAGCCCCAAUGCAGUGUCCUAUACCGGCAAGGCAGUGAACUCAGAUGGACACAUUGUGACCUGUGACGCAGGAAUAAACCUUAGUUGUCAAUUUAAUGAUCUGCAGUGUGGCAAGGAGUACACCUUCACUGUGUCAGCUUCAGGCGAUGACUGUGAAAGUCCUGACAGCGAUCCAGUUAUGGGUACAACUGCACCCUGUGACCCUACAAAUGUGAUGGCCGACCUCAACUGCCUCACUGGUGUAGUGACCGUGACUUGGGAGGCCAGCGCUGGAGCUAAUUACUACACAGUCCUCGCUGAGGCCAAUGGACGCUUUGACUCCUGUCGCUCCACCACCACUUCUUGUGACCUGACCCAGAUGCACUGUGGGGAGGACUAUACUGUGACCGUCCUGGCAGGGGAUGGAAAAUGCAACAGCUCCAUACUCACCAAAACCAACGUUACAACAGCCCCCUGUGCUCCAGUGAUCCAGGACUACUCUUUGGAUUGUGCCACCAACCACGUCGUGUUCACAUGGGUUGAGGACGAAGAUGCUGAGGUGGUCAUGGUCAAUGCAACCUCCAAUUUUGGAAACUUGGCGUCCUGCAGCUCCUCCACCGUCAACAGCUGUGUCCUGAAUGACCUGCAAUGUGGAAAUACCUACACCGUCUACCUUAUCGCAAGAGGAGACAAGUGUUGGGGCAAACAGAGCUCUCCUUUUGAGAUUGUCACAGCACCCUGUACCCCUGCAAAUGUGGGUUACACAUACUCCUGUGAAACUGGCAUCGCCUUAGUGAACUGGGAUGACAGUUUGGGAAGAAAAAGUUUCUAUGUCACACUCACUUCUGGAGACAACGUAGCCACCUGCAACACCACCCAGACCGACUGCUCCGUGCCCUCACUGCUCUGUGGUCAAUUAUACAUAGUGAAAGUGAUAAGCGUGGCUGACCACUGCAACAGCAUUGUGCCUGGUGAAACAGAAAUACAGACAGCCCCCUGUGCUCCCAUGAAUCUCAGUACCUCCCUAGUGUGCAACAACAACACAGGGGUGGUGAGCUGGAAUCCAAGUCCUGGUGCAGUUUCUUACCAAGUUAUGGCGAACGGCAGAGACGGCGACGCCAAACAAUGCACCACAACCAACACAAGUUGCUCCAUACCCAGCAUGCACUGCGCCCAGACCUACGUGAUCACUGUCACCCCUUUUUCUAGAACCUGCAAGGGCUUCACCAGCUACCCACACACUUACAUUGCAGGCCCCUGUCCCCCUACCAACGUUCAUGUGUCCCUGCAGUGUGCUGGAAACUUGGGCCAUGUGACCUGGGUUGAUGCCCUUCAAGCAGAUCUCUAUGUGGCCACUGCAGUACAUCCCACAGAUGAUCACAACCACACCUGCACGUCUAGCGGAACAGGCUGCACCUUCACAGACCUCCACUGCAGCGAGGAGGCUGAAGUCACGGUGGUCACCAUAGAGAGGGGUUGCACGAGUGAACCUAGCCAGCCUUUUAAUUUCCGAACAGUUCCGUGCCCACCAUCUGGUUUGACCGGAGUGACAACUUGCGCGAACAAUGACAUCACAGUUAGCUGGGACCAAAGUCCAGAAAGUCAUACUACCUACUUAAUCCAUUCUUACGAAGAUGGGGCCAGUGCCGACUACACCACAACCCAAACGUCCUAUCUACUCACCGGGCUGCAGUGUGGCGAGUUGUAUAUGCUGGCGGUCGCUGUCAAUGACAGUCAGUGCACCAGCAACUUCAGCGAGCCUAUACAAACUGAAACAGCUCCAUGUCCCCCAACUAACCUGACUGCCAGAGCUGACUGUGGCACCAACUUGGGAACACUGAAUUGGUCGCCGAGCAUCAAUGCUAUUUCCUACGUAGCUACAAUGACUGGCAACCACGGCCACGUAGUUACCUGUUCUACCAACACAACGACAUGCUCAGUGAAGCUGGACUGUGGACACCAGUACAGGGCAAUUGUGAUCGCUUCCAGUGCAACAUGCAACAGCAGCACAGGAGCAGUCUUAACUUUUGACUCGGCUCCCUGUCUGCCUGAAAAUGUGAUGGCAGUGCUGGAUUGCAAUGCUAACACCUUUGCCGUACAGUGGGACGGGAACGCUGGCAAUUUCGACUCUUACACUGCAAUCGCCAUUGGCAGUGAUGGCAGCCGCGUUACCUGUGACUCCACUACCACACAAUGCACCAUCCAGAACCUAAAAUGUGGCCUCAACUACAGCAUUGCCGUCACUACGUCAUCAAUCAACUGUGGCAUCAUCAACGGCUCCGAUUACACAAUACUAUCAGCUCCCUGUAAACUAGAAAACGUGCAGACAAUUCUGGAGUGCAGCACUGAUAUACUCACAGUGACCUGGGAAAACUCUGGCCCAGACCAGAAUGAUGUGGUGUCAGCAGUGAACAGCAGAGGAGCUACCACCACCUGCAACUCCACCACCUCCAACUGCACCUUCGAGAAUCUAUCCUGCGGAAAGACCUACUCCAUCAAUGUGGUCGGUCACACAGACACAUGCAGCAGUCAACCAGCUUUUGCACAGAGGGUCAACACAGCUCCAUGUGUUCCCACCCACGUCACAGCACAAGUGGACUGCAUGACUGGUAUCACUACGGUUACAUGGGAUCCAUCCAGUGGUGCCACAUCUUAUGUCGUUUAUGCUCGGAGCAGUCCUGACGAUGUUAGGGAAUGUAUCAACAUAGACACCAACUGUAAUUUCCCUAACCUGGAAUGUGGGCAGGUCUACACCAUUACAGUAGUGGCUCGCCAUGACUCCUGUGUCAGUCUGGUCAGUGAGUCCGUCAACAUCACCACAGUUCCUUGCCCUCUCAGUGGCCUACAGGUUAAUUUGGACUGCGACACCAACACAGCAUUGGUGUCUUGGACACCCGGUCGCGGGAUCCUCGACUACAACGCCACGGCUGAGAACUCUGCAAUCACACCUGUGCAGAGCUGCUCCACCAACGGCUCGUCAUGCAACAUUACCUCUCUGCACUGCGGAGAGACCUACACUGUGAAAGUCAGUGGACAGGGACAGAACUGCCCAAGUCCUCCUCAAGAAUGGCAGAGAAUCGUCUCGGCUCCCUGCCCUCCAACCCACCUCACAGUCGACUCUUCCUGUGAAUCAAAUGACAUCUCAGUGUCGUGGCAAGCCUCGCAGGGCUCGGCCUCAUACAUGGUCAUGGCCGUGGAUGCAGAGCAACACCGAUGGUCCUGUAACACCACUAGCACCACCUGCCAGAUAUUUGAUCUACCGUGUGGACAGCAGUACCAUGUCUAUGCUGUUGGUGUUGAUCAAAAUUGCUUUGGAUCCAAGAGUAACAUUGAAAUAUUUCGCACAGCUCCUUGUGUGCCACAGAACGUACAAACCGAAUUGGCCUGUCUGUCUGGUGUCCUCAAUAUUACCUGGGAGUCAACAGGUCACGUUGUUCAGUUCCAUGCCUCCGUGGUGAGCAGCCAAGGACACGCAAGCAGUUGCAACACCGAUGAGAAUUACUGUGUAGUACCCAAUUUGCAGUGCGGUCUGACCUACGAUGUCACAGUGUUGGCUGAAGAUGAAGCCUGCAACAGCUCCACCAGUCCCGCAAAGCAGGUCCUUACAGCUCCCUGCCCUCUCCCGACCUUCGUUCCCACUGUCGACUGUACCACCGGCGUUCUAUCUGUAACCUGGAGCAACAGUGUACCAGGAGUCGUGUACACGGUGUCUGCAGUUGACACUGCAGGUCACAAUUACACCUGCAGUGGCACAACCAGCGGCUGUAGUAUCAGCACACUGGAGUGCGGGACCAGGUACAACGUCACCAUCACACCAUCCAUGGACGGAUGUGUGGGCAGAGACAGCCCCGUGCAAGUAGUCACUACAGUUCCCUGUGUACCUUUCCUGAAUGAGGUGGAGAUUGACUGCCUAACAAACUCGGGCUUUGUGCUAUAUGAGGAAUCUGCUGGGGCCGAGAGCUAUGUCGUCUCUUAUUAUCCAUAUGGCGAGAGCCCUGUCAUCAUAUCAUUUGAAUGCAACUCCACGAGUGAAAACACGUGUAGUGUGCCUCCACUCAAUUGCAGUAACAACUACACCUUCACCAUCCAGGCCGUCAACAGUCAGUGCUCCAGUGCACACAGCAAUGCUUUCACAACUGAGACAGCUCCUUGUCCUCCUGUGGACGUACAGAAUAUAGUGAUCUGCGACAAUAGCACAGUUAGUGUCUCCUGGUCACCAGUUCCUGGUGCAGUAACCUACACUGCGACCCUGGAGCACAUAAAUGAAGGAACUUCCUGCUGUACCACAUCGGACACCAGCUGUGACAUCACCGAUCUGCCAUGUGGAGAAAUGUACAUUCUACUUGUAAUGGCUGAGGGGCGAACGUGCAACAGCUCCCAGAGCGCUGGAGACAUCGUCAGGACAGCGCCUUGUAUUCCUCAGAACCUCUCAGUGAGUCUGAGCUGCAGCAACAAUGUGGCCUCAGCAACGUGGAGCUACAACAAAGGACUAGGAAAUUUUUACAGAGUGAAGGCUGUGGCCGAUGAUGGCCACAUACAUGAAUGCAGCUCCCCCGAGAACCGUUGUGACCUGACAGACCUGCACUGUGGAGAGUAUUACACAGUCACUGUACAGGCAGAGGACAGAGACUGCACGAGCAAACCAAGCGACAGUGUGAGAAUCAAGACUGUGCCAUGCACCCCUGCAAGCAUCAGCUCUGUGGUGGACUGUGAGGCCAACGCUCUGAUUGUGUCCUGGUCUGAGAGCCUAGGAGCUGACUCCUAUAUCGCCACAGUGGAGGACAGUAACAAUCAGGUCACAACCUGCCAGGGUACAACUGAGGGCUCCUGCAAUGUGACAGGACUCGGCUGCGGGCUGAUCUACCAUGUAUCCGUGGUCUCCUCGGAUGGUUACUGCAACAGCCAGCCCACUUCGGUGAUUGACAUAUCUUCAGUUCCCUGUAAACCGAGACAUAUCAAGGCAGUGAUGGACUGCAACUCGCGGACAGCCCUGGUGGCGUGGUUCUCAACCGGUGGAGCUGAGAAGUAUGUGGUCACGGCAAUCUCUGCAUCAGGUCACAAUGACACCUGUGAGACCGUCCACACCAACUGUGAACUCCAUGGAGUGCUUUGUGGCCAGAGCUACUCUAUCUCUGUCGAAGCUCUGGGAGGGACAUGCAGCAGCAUCGGUCACAUGCAAGGAGUACUGGUUACCGAGUCAUGCAUCCCCGAACAUAUCACCAGUCAAUACAGCAUGACGAUCGGACAGGUGCAGUGGGGCGAGACGGCUGGUGCUGACUACUACACAGUUGAAGGGUUAACUUCUCAGGGCCGGAGGGUCUCCUGUAACACCACCGACACCUUCUGUGCUUUGUACAAUAUGGGCUGUGGCCAGAUGUACAACAUCAGUGUCACUGCAAACAAUGAAGCGUGCAAAGGAUCCACCUCGACCCAACCAGAUUCGUUGAAGACAGAGCCUUGCCCACCCCAAAAUGUGGAGACCAACGUGCAGUGUCAGAAUGAUGUAGGAACUGUGUCGUGGGAGACCAGUACAGGGGCAGUGGCCUAUGAGACAAGUCUUACCGGCCGUGAUGGCCACACUCUGUCCUGCAACACUAACAACACUUUCUGCAACGUAAACAGCCUCCACUGUGGAGUCAUCUACUACGUCAAUGUCAUCGCCAUCGGAGAGACGCUCAACAGUAGCGCCUCCAAUACUGUAUUGCUGACUGCAGCACCCUGUAGAGCUGGAAAUGUGGCAGCUCAUGUGGACUGCGACAACAACACGGCCGAAAUCACCUGGAGCUUCGCCAGCGGAGCGGACACCUACAUGGUGACAGCUUUAGCGACAAAUGGCCACCGGGCUACAUGUCAGACCGAGGAGGACCAUUGUGAUUUGAAUAAUCUGCAGUGUGGUGAGGCGUAUAUGGUCAGCCUCACAACCAUUGACGCAAACUGCCAGAUUGAGACACACACUAAUGUUACCUUCAGCACACGGCCCUGUAAACCUUUGCGUGUUGGAGUGGUCAUGGCGUGUGGAACAAGUACAGCCAGCAUGUACUGGGACGAAGCAGAGGGGGUGGAGUUAUACAUGGCUACUGCCCACCACUACAUGGGAAUGUUUUUGCAGUGCAACUCGACCAACCCCACCUGCCAGUUCCCCAACUUAGAGUGUGGGGAAACCUAUGAGUUCUCUGUAACUGCAUAUGGUAGCAUGUGCUACAGUGAAACCAGUGACACUGUGGAGAUUCAGACAGGACCCUGUCAGCCAACUGGUUUGACAGCGAGUGGGUCAUGUGACAAUGAUACGGUGGUGUUAGAUUGGUUGGCGGCUGAUGGGGCAUUACGCUACGUGGUUACAGCCACAGGAAACUUGGGAUACGUUGACUCUCUCCAAACCAACGAGACAACAGCCAUGUUUGACUUGCCCUGUGGACAAGAAUAUACCUUCACUGUAAUGGCUCAAGAUGAUCGCUGUGACAGUGCUGUAAGCACAUUUGGAGAACUCAAGACAGGUCCCUGCGUGCCUCAGGAUGUACAGACCUUUACACACUGUGAGAACAACCUGGGUAUGGCCAGCUGGGCCAUGAGCGAUGGGGCGGAAACCUACAUGGCUAUAGCAGUGGGAGAGGACAGCCACACCCAUGUGUGCGUCACAAACACCACCAACUGCACCUGGGAUGACCUGCACUGUGGUGACCAUUACAGCGUUCACGUCAUUGCUCUAGAUCAAUAUUGCACCAGCAUGCCAAGCAACAGCACGGCACGGAUACGAAUGGCACCCUGUAUUCCUCAGAUGGUGGUAUCACAUAUGAACUGUACUAUAAAGGUGGCGACGAUGUCCUGGAACGCCAGUGAAACUGCCACGUCUUACAUUGCGACAGCGCAGACGAACAGUGGCCACAAAAUGGAGGUAUCCACCGAUGUGACCUGGACCUUCUUUUCUGAGCUCCAGUGUGGCCAGGAGUACUUCCUGUCUGUUCAGGCAUCAGACUCUGAGUGCACAAGCCAACCCAGUCAGCCCUCAAGGCUCUAUUCAGAGCCCUGCUCUCCCACUAGCGUCUCCAGUAAGAUGAACUGCAUCUUUAACAUUGCCGCGGUAUCAUGGACUGGCUCGGCUGGGGCGGAUUUCUACACCGCCACAGUGACGCAGAGGGAUGGUCAAUCACUAAGCUGCUACUCUGACGAGGAACAGUGUGGCAUUCCCAAUGUACAAUGCGGACAGAACUACACUGUAACUGUUGUCGCCACACGCGGGGACUGUCAGUCGGACCCAAGUGAGCCCGACAUGCUGCAGUCAGUGCCUUGUAUUCCUACUGACGUGGCUGUGAAGUUGGACUGCUCUACAGAUCAGGCUGUCGUGUCCUGGAGUGCCAGUAAAGGGGCUCUGCUCUACAACGUGACGGCUUUGAGCACACAGGGAGAAAUAUCCCACUGUGAGACGUCCAACCAACUGUGUACCUUGACCAAACUAGUCUGUGGACAGUCCUACUCUGUCCAGGUGGUGGCAUCGGAUAAUAUUUGUUCAAGUUUACCCAGCCCAGCAACACAUUUCAAAACAGCUCCCUGCACACCUAUCCCUGGCUCAGUGGUUCUGGACUGCUAUACCAACUCUGCCCUCUUUGAAUGGGCCUUUGCUGAGGGUGCUGUGACCUACACCGCAACAGCCCAGUCCUCCAGAGGCCAUGUUUCCACCUGCACCACCAACCUCACCAACUGCGAGCUACAGGCUCUGCAGUGUGGCGAGAUCUAUAAUGUGAGGACUGUGGCCUCAAAUGAGGACUGCAGCAGCCCUUCAAGUGCUAGUUUGCAGGUGGAGUCAGUGCCUUGUGCUCCUGAAGGUCUUGCAUUUGAACUGACCUGCUCCACCAACAAAGCCUCUGUGCAGUGGGAGGCCAGCAGAGGAGCUGACUACUACAUUGUCCAAGCCUUUGGUGUGGAAGAAGAUGAAACUGGUUGUGAGACAAGCUCACUGUCCUGCAUCCUCCCGGACCUCAUGUGUGGUUUUACCUACAAUAUCAGUGUGCGUGCCGUUAACAGUGUGUGCAAUGUCUCCAGCAGUGAAAUAAAACAGCUGCAAGCAGUGCCCUGUGUACCGCAGCAGGUGGAGGCCCGGGUGGUUUGUGAGUCUGGAGUUGUGGCAGUCUCUUGGGAGCCCAGCAAAGGGGCUACAUCAUACACCACAGUUGCACAGGGUAACGGUGGCUAUGCAUCAAUGUGCAACAGCAGUCAAACAACAUGCGAUUUCGAUGACUUACUGUGUGGCCUGAGCUACUCUGUCACUGUUAGCGCUUCAGAUGGGACAUGUAGCAGUGCUGAAAGCUCGGCUGUGGAGAUCAACACAGUGCCAUGUGUACCACUAAAUGUGACAGCCGAGAUGAUAUGCAGUAAUGACACCGGCGUUGUGUCGUGGGAAGUAGAGGAUGGUGUUUCCUCCUACAUGGUGCAAGCUUUUGGGCCCGAUGGUCACAGGCCAACAUGUAGCAGCACAUCAAACAGUUGCCAGCUACCUGACAUGCAUUGCGGCCAGCUUUACAACCUGACAGUGACAGCUAAGGAUCAACAGUGUGGCAGCAAAGAUGCUUUUCUCAACCUGCAGUCAGUGCCUUGCAAGCCCACCAAUGUUAAGGCUUCCCUACAGUGCCACUCAAACAUUAUUGCAGUGACUUGGGAGCGAGCCAGUGGAGCGCUCUCCUAUCGCGCAGUGGGUGUUACAGCAGACGGAAGCCACACUAUUGAAUGUGAAAACACUGAAACCUAUUGUGAUCUGAGUGAUGUGCAAUGUGGACAGACCUACACUGUAAGCGUGUUCAGCAUGGAUGACUCCUGUACCAGUGUGGAGAGUGACAAAGCCUACGUGCGAACAGGCCCCUGUGCACCCCAAAAUGUGGCUGUCGAAUCAGAGUGUGAUGCUGACGCCAUGUCUGUGUCCUGGUCCCCCAACCCCGAUGCCCAAUAUUUCUAUGUGCUGGCAGUGAGCAACACCGGUGCAAGACUCCCCUGUAACUCCAGUGACAACUCAUGCACUUUAAGUAAUCUACCAUGUGGACAAAGCUACAACAUUACUGUGCUGUCUGUAAGAGAUGGCUGUGAGAGUAAGCCGAGCGCUGUUGUAGAGACUUCCUCAGCUCCAUGUCCACCCAGGAACGCUAACGUCCGUCUGGAGUGCAAAACAGAUGGUGUUUGGGUGACAUGGGACGUCUCACAAGGAGCCGUCAACUACAUUGUGCGGGCCAUGGAGGCUGGAGGUCACAACUCCAGCUGCACCGCCACCAGCUCUCACUGCCAAGUGUCAGAUCUGAAAUGUGCAACGAAUUACACCCUCAGAGUCUAUGCUGUCAACAAUUACUGUGAGAGUAGCGAGAGUAACAGUACUACCCUUCAGAUUGAGACAGGUCCUUGCGCUCUAACAGCCGUUAAUGCAACAACAGAAUGCAACAGUGACACAAUCCUUGUUGAAUGGGAACCAACACACGACACGCCCAUCUACCUGGUGAAUGCUGACGGCCAUGACAACACCGUCAUCUCCUGUAACAGCACCACCACUUCAUGUGAACUCUCGGACGUCCGCUGUGACAUGCAUUACAGCAUCAUAGUAAUAGCUUCUUCUGAUAAGUGCAGCAGCCUCAGAAGCAAAGCAAGGAAGCAUACUACAGCGCCCUGUCCCCCACAAAACGUGACAGUAGAGCCAUCAUGUGAGGAGAAUGGAGUCACAGUAUCGUGGGUACAGUCCCAUGUGGCUAUAUCUUACGAGCUGGUAGCCACCGCAAGUGAUGGACAUAGUACGAGCUGCAACACCACAGUGAACAACUGCACCCUGUCAGACCUGCACUGCGGACAGAUGUACCUCUUAUCCAUCGUCGCCAGAGGAGAGAACUGCACGAGCGAGCCCAGUACUUUGUUCUUCCAAGCAGUACCCUGUGAUCCCGCCGGUCUCACGGUGACUCUGGAUUGUAAUACCAAUUCUGCCAGUCUGUCUUGGGAUGCCAGUCAGGGCGCUGUGGAGUAUUUCGCCUGCGCCCAAUCUCUUGAUGGAGAUGCGCUUUACUGUAGCAGCACUGUCAACUCCUGCACCAUCGAAGGCCUGGAAUGUGGUGACAUUUACAAUUUCUCAGUUGAAGCCUCUAACGGCGCCUGCAACAGCUCAUUUAGUCCACCUGUGGAGAUGGGAGCAGCUCCAUGCCCUCCAACUGGCCUAAAAGUCCGAAUGCAGAGGAUAGAUCAAAAUCACUGGGCCAUGAUGUCAUGGGACAGGGUCAAUUGUACUAAUGUUGAAUACCUUGCACUGGUAACUGGUCAAAUUCAAAACAACCCAAUGUCCCUGAUGAAUAUCUCUUCUUACUGGCUGCCCAGGCCAUACUUUGAGUUUCCAAUGCCUUGCAGUACAUCUUAUACCUUUACUGUAAGGGCCAGAAACUCAGCCGGGGAAAGUGAGCCAUCUGUUGCAUUAAAUGAAAUAACAGUCCCCUGUGCUCCACAGAAUGUGAGAUACAUUGGUACUGUUCAGUCUGCUACAUUUUCCUGGGAUAUGUCGGUGUUUGCCACAAGGUACACUGUCUACAAUGUGUCUGGAUCAGUGCGUAACAUUCUUUGCAGCACCUCAAUGCUCACCUGCCAGGUGACCAACUUCGAUCCUGACACCACUGAAAUGACAGCCAGCAAUGCAGUGGGAGAGAGCAUCCCUACCAGAAAAAUCACAGGUCCAGUUGGAAGACGCAGAAGAAGAGAUUUGCGAGGCCCUGAAAUCUUUUCCCAGUUAGACAGUGGUCUUGAAAUCCCCACAGUGCUGAAUGUAACAGGAAGUGGAGUUUCCUUGUACGUGAAGUGGAAGAUGGUGAAGGAUGCAACUGAGUACUCACUCGUGAUUGAGGAGGGACGGAAAGAGCAGCAGGCCGAACAGAAACCGAUUUUGAGAAUUGUGGAAGGUGAUUUUUACAUAGAGACUGACCUCAAGCCCUGGACCACCUACUGCAUCAGGCUGGCAGCCAGAAACACCAUGAACCAAAGCAACUACUCUCAGCUGAUGUGCAGAACCACUGGUGCUUCCUAAUAAAGCACAACAGAUCCCCUUAAAUAGACACUGGACUCAGCAGAAAUACCAACAUAUUGGUUAUAUGUUUGUCUUUUUCACUCUGUAGCAUCCAUAACAGAUUUUUUAUUGGUUCAAUCUCUAAGAAGGUUAGGAGUAAAAAUGUAAAAAUAAAGUAAUUAUAAUUAUAAAGCUAUAACAAAAUUCUUUUCUUUGGGGGUAUGUCUUUACAUCUUACAUGUCACAAAUAAAUGACGAUCAGACUUAAAGAGAAGCUUAAGAUUUGAAUGCUUAUGAAUCUUUGUUAGGAGUAGCAUAUAUACUUCUCCAUAUAUUCACAUAUUCAUAGUCGUGGCUGUCUAGCUAAAAAGUAUUGCUAAAAUUAUAUUUAUCAAAAAUAGUUUUAUUUUUAGAUAGAUUAUUAGAUUCUCUGGAUGAUUGUUUGACUCAAAACGUAGUGUAAACAAAUAAACUGAUAAUUUAUCAAGCAAUAUU